AAGAGGUUGGUCCUCUACGCGCGAUGUGGGGAACCCGCAAGCUAAGCUCCUCCGGGGGUCUUUUUUUAGGAGUGUUUAAGUCGGGGUGUCAGGGUACACAAGCUGACUGUUCUCGCUUAACCACGUCGGCGGUUUAUUUACCAAAUCAGUUCAGUUGGACUCUACAAAUGAAACCAUGGGUUUUCAGUGAAUACAGAAUUAUGUGGUUCAAAUCCUAUAGAACGAAUUUUGCCUGCUUGAAUACAAUGAAAAGUUACAGAUACCCUUGGACAAGACCAUAUAGUACUUCUCGAACCACUGUAGAUAGCAGUGAGGUAAAAACCUUCCUGGCCCUGGCUCACAAAUGGUGGGAUGAGCAAGGAGUAUAUGCACCUCUUCAUUCUAUGAAUGACCUGAGGGUGCCAUUUAUUAGAGACAAUCUUUUAAAAACAAUUGCUAAUCACCAGCCAGGAAAACCUUUGUCUGGGAUGAAGAUUCUUGAUGUUGGCUGUGGUGGUGGAUUGUUAACUGAACCUCUAGGGCGGCUUGGGGCUUCAGUUAUUGGAAUUGAUCCUGUGGAUGAGAACAUUGAGACAGCACAGCACCAUAAGUCAUUUGAUCCAGUUCUGGAUAAGAGGGUAGAGUACAGAGCGUGUUCCCUAGAAGAGAUUGUGGAAGAGACUGCAGAAACGUUUGAUGCUGUUGUAGCUUCUGAAGUUGUAGAGCAUGUGGUUGAUCUGGAAACUUUUAUACAGUGCUGCUGUCAAGUGUUAAAACCUGGCGGUUCUUUAUUCAUCACUACAAUCAACAAAACACAGCUGUCCUAUGCCUUGGGAAUUGUUUUUUCAGAGCAGAUUGCAGGCAUUGUACCAAAAGGUACUCAUACCUGGGAGAAGUUUGUUUCACCCGAAAAUCUAGAGAGCAUUCUGGAAUCAAAUGGUCUGUCAGUUCAAACUGUGGUGGGAAUGAUCUACAACCCCUUCUCAGGUUAUUGGCAUUGGAGUGAAAAUACCAGCCUUAACUAUGCAGCUCAUGCCGUGAAACAGGAGCACCCAGUGCCUGCUGGGUUUGUUGUAAAGGGGGAAACAGAAGACCGCCAAGCUGACACCUCCACCAGCCCAGCUGUGCAUGACGAGCUGAAGAAAUGAAUCGUUGCAAAAGGCUGUUGCGAUAUGGUUUGAAAGCCUGAUGUUUACAAAUACAAAAAAUACACAAUUUGAUUUUUGAGAAAGGAUUAUGCAGAAAAGAAAGUCAAUAAAAAGGGCCAAAAACCUUGGA